GGUGUUCUAUUUUCAUUAAUGCCGACACCGUGUAGUGGUUGAGUCUAUCUGUAACUGCUAUCAUUGACGAAGAAAAAAAAUUAGAGAGCAAUGAACGUAUGGUUGAACUGCGCAGAAUCUGGUAAUUACAAUACGAGUUACUUUACAUUGACCUCAGCUAGUAAAACAGUGCAAUUGAUUUAGUUUGUUAAGAUAUUUUGACGUAUGACGAGGUCGAGGAUUUUUUCGUUAAAUUUAUCCCUACUUACUACGUUUUAUAAGUAUAAGUAUUUUAGUUCUAACGUUGUUUGUUGUAAUUGAAGUCAAAAUGGAAUGGCUUUUUGGCAAACGGAUCACUCCCGAGGAAAUGCUUAGAAAAAAUCAGAGAGCAUUAAAUAAAGCAAUGAGGGAUUUGGAUCGUGAAAAGGUGCGAAUGGAACAACAGGAGAAAAAAAUCAUUGUUGACAUUAAGAAAAUGGCAAAAGAUGGACAAAUGGACGCAGUUAAAAUAAUGGCAAAAGAUCUUGUUAGAACAAGGCGUUAUGUUAAGAAAUUUAUGUUGAUGAAAGCUAAUAUUCAAGCAGUAUCCUUAAAAAUUCAAACCUUACGGUCUCAAAAUACUAUGGCUCAAGCAAUGAAAGGAGUCACAAAAGCUAUGCAAAAUAUGAACAAGCAACUAAAUUUACCACAAAUACAAAAGAUCUUGCAAGAAUUUGAAAAACAGUCUGAAAUAAUGGACAUGAAAGAAGAAAUUAUGAACGACGCAAUAGAUGAUGCCAUGGAAGAUGAGGGAGACGAAGAAGAAAGCGAUGCCGUUGUCUCUCAAGUAUUAGAUGAACUUGGUUUACAACUUAACGAUCAAUUAUCAGGGUUACCGCAAGCUUCUGGAUCUUUAAGCAUAGCAGGUUCAAAGCAGCCAGUCGCUGCUGCAGCUGGUACUAAUGACGAUGGAGGAAAUUUAGCCGAUGCUGAUGCAGAUUUGCAGGCGCGACUUGAAAAUUUGCGUCGUGAAUAAAGUAUGUAAUAAAAGUUUGAACAUUUAGAUUUGUAUAAAUAAUGUAUAAAAUGCUCUAUACUUGUGAUAAACUUAUAACAUAAGAUUAAACUUUUUUUAAACGAAAAAUAAAUGCAGAGGCUUCAAAUAAAUCUUGUUAAACAUGUGCACAAUAGAUGUCUUGAAUAUAAAUAGAAAACAUUAAGAUUAAAUGAAAUUUUUACGAGAACAUAUUAAAGAAUAUGAAAAGACCUGCGUUGGCUUAUUGUACAUUUUGUUCAGUUAUUUAUUACAAUACAUUGAAAGAAUGACAUACA